UUUUUUUUUUUUAUAACAGUACGUUGAUCUAGAUCUAUUGAUUUAGUACAUUUGUAAAUCUUACCCUUGAAAGUACGAAAUCGCUUAAUAAAUAACUUGGACAUUUCCUACUUGACCGAAAAAAUUCGUUUUUGGUCGACAGCAUUUAAAUGUGUGUAAAUAGAUCGAUCUGCUCUAGUCUAUAAAUACAUGUGAAGAAGAUGAAACCGUGCCUCUAUUCUGUUAGACUGCCCCCAGACUUGCUGAUCUCUGUCUCGACAGGUCUAAGAAACCAAAAAUUCUCGACAUGUAUGGUGACAUGUAGCCUAUGCACUACGCAAGACAGCAGGGUUUCUGUCCAGGGCUUUUGCAAGAGAGGAUUUGAGCCUCUCAAGCCCUCACUCAAAUGGAGUUUGAUGAUGAUGCUGAUGAAUACAUGUUAUUUACAGUAACAUGACAUAACCUUGGCAAAUGUUUUGUUUUUUUUUUAUUAAGGAAAGUUAGCGAAUUUGUUUAAUCAAAGUAACUGGCUUGUAAGUAACCCACCCGAUUUGUUUGUUAGAUCUAGAUUUAGAGAUUAUAUUUAGAAUCUAGUUGUUCUAAUUUUGACAGUCAUAUAACCAAUUGAAAACAAACACACUACGUCAUUAGAUCUAGUUGCCCGAGUGAUAAAACAUUAUUGCUGAUUAGUAUAAAUCUAGACCGAGGUCUUAUUUACAAUUUAAGGCUAGUGUAUAUAAUAUAUGUAUAAAACAAAAUUUUAGAAAGGCAUAUUCCUCGUUCCAUAUGCUAGGACAAAUUAGUACAAUUGGUCCUUCGUCCCUAGAACUUUAAAGCAUGGAAUGGGUUGCCUGAGCUAGCCAGGAAAACCAAUGACUUGGCAGAAUUUAAGUCAUUGGUUACCAUGCAUGGCUAGAUGGAUGACGCGUAGGACGUAAUCAUCAUCUUUUUUGAAGUAACGUCUGUAUUUUAUAAGGUAAGAUAAGUUUUCUUGUCGGAAGAUUAAUUGAUGGUGAGUGCAGUUUUUCACCUGACUUCGUAAGUCCAAAUGCAACCUGAAACUAAUGAACGUGUGCAGACUGAGCCGCUGGAGUCGAAAUUCAUUUUUCGACGUCUAUUUCUGUGUCGUAUGACCAACGAGAUUUUGUUCUCCUGCUUUCUCUGGAGUCUAUCACAUCUUUGCUUUCAUCUGAUAUCUUCUUUGCCAGUGAAGACAAAAUGAUACGGAUAAUGUUUUAAAGAUGCCCCAGAAGAACGGUCCAUAUCAUUCGAGGAGUGAAGAUGGCGCCCCCAGACAGAGGCCCAUAAUUGGUUACAAUAGACUGAAAGGCUGGUCUGAGCUCGUUGACGACCCUGAUCAGUUGCUCCUGGAGGUGAUGGUGAACCUUAAAGAGCUUGGCCAAUUUCUGAACUCUCAGAGUUUAAACAAAGACAAGCUCCAACUGUUGACUGCCAUCCUAGAAACAACACUGAAAGCUGACUAUCAUGAGCAGUGCUUCACCAAGUUCCUGUACAUGCUGGUCAACACUCGGUUCUUUCAAACAGACCUCGCCGUUCAUCUCAGUUCGAACACAAACUCUCUGAACUGCCGCUUAGCCAAUGCUGUGGUGACGUAUGUCCAGCAUGUCACGAUUCUGAUUCCCAACGAAGUGGACCAGUGUGAUCGUCUCGUCACCUUUUUGUGCGAGAAUCAUCAUCAUUACAACUGUGACUUUGAGAGGAUCAGGACGUUGGCGGAUAGCUUCAACUCGUGUAGGACGCAAGGAAAACUCAAAGAUCUCCCUCACGAUGAAACGCAGGACGAACAAGAGCUUUACCAUAAGGCUUUUUCGGAGUAUCCAGCUCUCCCUUUAUGCCAAGAGCUCAAACCCUUUUUCAAACCUCUUCUUCGAGAAAACAAAGUCAAGGGAGCUUAUCGAGACAAGCAUGAAUAUUUAGACACAAUGUAUCGGUUGGUGAGAGAGGACUUUAUCCAACCGUUGAGAAGCGCACUAAGGAAAGCGAGAGGCGAGGAAGACUCGGACUCAAACGUCAUUGUUUUUGAGAAUGUUAGAAUCCUUAGUUGUGAUGUGAAAGAAGAACUAGUGCAUUCAAUACAGUUGGACAUGUCACAACUCAAAGAUUUGAAAUCCAUCAUUGAAAACCUUUUUAUAACGGGGAAUCUCGUGUGUCUAACGCAUGAUAACUUUCGCAGCAUACUUUACGCCACAAUUUCAGGAAGGACAUCUAAAGAAAUGUCUAAAGGAAUUGUCAAGCUGGCUUUUAUUAACUGCCUCUUGGACGUUUUCAGUUUUACAGCAGAUAUGAAAUUUAGAAUGAUAGAGUCGCCAUCUUUUUUUGGAGCCUACUCACCGGUGCUGCAAGGAAUUCAAGAAAUGUGUCACCAUCCUUUACCUCUCGAGUCAUACCUCGUCCGAUGCAAGAACAUUUCGGACAAUCCGGCAUACCUUUCGCAGUCAUCAGUUUACGACAUCUCUUGUCUUGUCGACAAGUCCCUGGCUCACUUCGUUGUAGAGUGCUGGCGACACAAUCCUGGCCACUUCCUCUUAGAAGACAGAAUCUCAACGAGGAACAGCUUGAAGCUACCAAGGAAGCGCUGACUAGAGAGCUGACCCUCAUUCAAGGACCACCAGGAACAGGCAAGACUUUUGUGAGCUUAAAAAUCAUGAGAGCCCUUUUAGAGAAUGUACACAAUCAAACGUCCGAGGGAGGCCCCAUCCUUGUAGUGUGUUACACAAACCACGCCCUGGACCAGUUCUUGGAAGGAAUUUUAAAAUUUUGCAGUGAAGGAAUUAUUCGAGUCGGUGGCAACAGUAAAUGUGAGGCUCUGGAAUCGUAUAAUCUGGCGUAUAUUCGUAGAAACGACAAAGUCAGAGACAGGUCCCUCAGAAGAGCCUUGUUCUACAUAUAUGAGGAAAUGAGACCAUUACAAAGAAGAAUAAAACGAUUAGCUGACCAGUUGACCAUGACUAAACACAAAAUCCUGGAUGAGGAUGCCCUAAGAGAGUUUAUACUAGAGUCUCAUCUGCAAAGCUUACGAAGCAAAAGAGACCUUUGUCAGGGUCAAUCAAUAAUAAGGAUGUGGCUCUCUGUAGCUAGUGAUGCAGACUUUGAGGUCUACUUGCACGAAGCAGCCAAAUCGCAUUUACUAUCUCUUCUCAUGCUGAAAAAUACCAUGCGCAACAGUGGCUGUUUAAAUUUUAAACAGAAAAUACAGGUCACUACCAAAGCAAUGGUUUAUAGAAUGUGGAAAGAUAGGUAUGAGAAAAAAUUCGGAAGAGUCUCAGACAAGUCAAUACUUUCCGACCAAGACUUGGCUCCUUUCAUUGAUGGGAAAGUCAUUCAGAAAAUUCACUCCAGUGGUUACCUCAGUGUCGAAGAUUGGAUCCUGGGAAAUGAUUUAGAAGAAACUGUAGCCAGCAUUGAAUAUCUUACAAAGGAUCAGAAUAACAUAGACUUCGAGGAUUUAGUUGAUGUUGAAAGUUGUGACAGUAUCGAUGAUCUGGACGCUGCAUCCUCCGAUGGUGACUUUGACAGUGAUGAAAACUUAUCUGCACUCACAUCUUUAAUGGUGAGAUUGGAGUGUCUUGGCGUAAACUUAACCGAGGCUGCUGAUCAUCGUAAAGUGUCGUCUAGAAAUCGUAUUUCUUACAUUGAAGCGCUGCGUAAAGCUGAAACAAGUGAGCCGAUGACUGCAUCUGAAGAAUCAUCGACGAGCAGCUUGUGGAAACUUGACGUCUCUGUUAGGUUUCAGCUUUACAAGACUUGGCGUUCUAAAUACCUGAGCUCGUUAAAAGAAGAAAUGCGCUCGCUAAGUCGUCAGUACGAAAGUCUGCUUGAAAAAAAGAAAGAACUACAGCGAAUGCGGGACAUUUCAAUUCUGCGCCAGGCUAAAGUGGUUGGAAUGACUACAACAGGGGCGGCAAAGCACCGCAAAGUCUUAGAAGCCGUGGGUCCCAGAAUCGUGGUCGUCGAAGAAGCUGCCGAAGUUCUAGAGGCCCACAUCAUCACCUCUUUAAGCCGCCACUGCAAGCAUUUGAUUCUCGUUGGCGAUCACCAGCAGCUAAGGCCCAAAGUUGAGGUGUACGAACUGGCUCAACAUUAUGGGCUAGAAGUCUCUUUAUUUGAAAGACUUGUCAAUAAUGAUUUUAAAUGUGUUCAACUCAAAGAACAGUUUCGAAUGCGACCAGAGAUUUCAAUGUUUCUAAGACAUAUCUACCCAGGUUUGAAAGAUGGUGAAUCCGUAAAAUCUAGGCCAGGAAUAGAUGGAAUGCAUCAGAACGUUUUCUUUAUAAAGCACAAUCAAUCUGAGCAGAAAAUAAAGAAGGGUACUAGUAAAUUCAACAAUUUUGAAGCCAAAUAUCUUCUUAAACUUACCGAAUAUCUCAUCAGCCAAGGGCAUGAAGCCGAGCAGAUCACCAUUUUGGGAGCAUAUGGUGGUCAAGUAAACAGAAUACAAGAACUUCAGCGAGCUUCCAAAAAUUCCACGUUGGGCAAAGUUCGAGUCUCCACCAUAGACAACUUUCAGGGAGAAGAAAACAAAAUAAUCCUUCUGUCACUUGUUCGAAGUAAUUCAGACAAUCAGGUUGGCUUUCUCAGCACCGACAACAGAGUUUGUGUGGCUAUAUCUAGAGCCCAAUAUGGGAUGUAUGUCAUAGGAGACAUUGACCUACUCGCCAAGCGUAGUCAGCUUUGGGAAAACAUCAAACACACUGCCGAAAGUCACGACUGCAUCGGCCAAGUGCUUCAUCUUAGUUGUCAGCAGCAUAACAAUCUGAAAGAGAUUAAGAAAAUUGACGAUUUCGAUCAAGCGAUUUCGUUAAAGGGCUGCGGUAAGAAGUGUAAGACGAGAUUACAAUGUGGGCAUCUGUGCUCACUGAUUUGCCACAUAGGCAAUCAUGACCAGUACGUGUGCGAUAAAAAUUGCUUGAAGAUGUGUCCUAGAGGUCACGUGUGUCCGAAAAAGUGUGUGGAGACAUGCCCUCCCUGCGGCGUGAUGGUGAACUUCCAGUUGCCCUGUGGCCACACGCAGUUGCAGCCAUGUUACACCAACAUCUUGAAUAUCGUGUGCCGAGAAAAAUGCUCGAAGACGUGUCCGAGUGGUCAUCUGUGCCCUUACGAUUGUAAAGUGAAUUGUCCCCCGUGUCGUACUGGAGUAGAAAGGAACCUUAACUGUGGGCAUACAUUGACAGCCAUGUGUCAUGAGAAAAGCUUGAAAUGUAAAGAAAAAUGCCGGAAAUCCUGUUCUUUUGGACAUCCUUGUCCUCUGAUGUGCACAGAAGGAUGCGCUGAUUGUACUAAAUAUGUGUGUCUCACUCUGUUGUGUGGACAUGACCUGUAUGAAAUGUGCUGGAAAUUUACAACUGGGCAAGCAAAGUGCACUAAACCCUGCGCUAAUAUCUGCGUCAGGGGACAUAACUGUCCAAGACUUUGUAAAGUGUGUUCUGCGAGUUGUCGUCCUUGUAGUGAAACUCUUCCUUGCGGUCACCGUUGUACCGAAUUGCCUAGACAAAUCGCUUUAGGUGACAUAGUGGACAAGCCGUGUAUGAGUAGGUGCUUCUCUCGGUGCCAAAACGGGCAUCCUUGCCCCAACGUCUGCAGCGAAGCUUGCCCACCUGUCUGUUUAACCGUCUUAAAAUGUGGGCAUUUGUGCAGGCGUAAACUGGAGCCCCGUCCAUCGGGUCUCAACUACGUAGAAGUCUGUGACGAGCCUUGCGAGAAAGUUUGUGACAGGGGUCACAAGUGCUUCUCAAACUGUAGUGAGCCCUGCCUCCCUUGUGGAGAGCUGCUCAGCUGUGGUCAUCGGUGCGCAUGUGUUCCUAGAAAACUCACCCCAGCGGAUGACCCAGUGCCCUGCAAACAGCAGUGCAAAAAGGUGUGUCGUAAAGGGCACCAGUGCCCUGCAUUGUGCUGGGAGAGUUGUCCCCCGCUUUGUCGUAAAUUAAAGUGCAAAGUUAUUAAGUUGUUCACCUCUCGUGAAACAGUAUAUAAGUAUGCUUAUGAAUGGAAAUCCUCAUCUGUGGAUCCAGUUUCCUUGUUAAGGUUUUAAAAAUCAAAGAUUAUCUUUUGUAUUUCUUGGGUUUUAUUUCGGCAAGAUUUAUGGCCCUUUGGCCCUUCUUUAAUGACAAUAUAAAUUCUACUAUAUAAGCAUUUUAAUUUUAGCACAUCAUUCUAGAACGUCGAAAAGAAAACUUGAUGAUGGAAUCAAAACUUUUCUACAUUUGAUUUCACACUUUGAGAUGCUGAAGCUUGUAAACCCAGUAUCUUUUAUUUUUUCAAUGUAGAAAUAACUUUUUUGAUGCUUAAAAACAGCAUUUUCAAAUAUCACUUCCAAAAGUAUUUGUUUUACAAAGCUUAUGCCAAUUCACUCCGAUUGUCUGUCAGGUACAAAUUUUGUACACGUUAUUUGUCCCACUUCCCAUUCUCGUAUUAAGUUAAAACCUGAAACAAUAAUUCAUUGUAACAAAACAAGAAUCAAUUUUAAAAAUAGCUAAUUAAUUAAUUAAUUAGUGGUAAUUAAUUAGUUUUGUUUAAUAUAGGAUAAGGGAAAUAAAUAUAUGUCUGUAAAUAUACAGUUAUUUUUGGAUUAUAUAAACUUUUUUUUUUAAGUACUUGUUAUUUUUAUAUGAGUUUACAUUAUAAUUAUAAGUCAUUUAUAGUUAUUACAUUAUGUUAUAUUAGUAUUCUAAUUAUUAGUUUUCAAUAUUUAUGUUAUUUUAAAACAUUUUAUUCUUUAUGAAAGUCGGCCAUAUUGCCGUAACCGUUUAUUCCAGCAUGAUCACAACUUUGCUUUUUUGCAUAAGGUUCAAAGAAUUCCGGUGCUUCUAUUGUAGUCGAUGUAGCCUACUUAUUGAUUGUCGAAGAUUUACGUUGUGUUCAGAGUUGGCAGUCCUCUUCUAUUCCUGCUACGUGUGCGCUUUUAUACCGAACAAUCUCAGCAGACUACAACAGGAAGCCAUAUUGCAUUUCAAAUUAAAUUAUUUUGAAUAAAAUCUCUUCCCAAAAGUUCUUUUAACAAAUCUAGUGAUUUGUUGCGAUUGUGUUGUUUCAUUAUGUUUUUUUUUUAUUAAUUCAGUUCAAGUACAUAUUUUACCAAAUAAUUGAACUGUUGUUAUAGUGUGGUUUUUAUAACUUCUACUUUGAAGUUCAAUAUUUUACAAAAUAAAAAUUGCGCCAUAUAAUGUAUUGUCUAUGUAAGAUAAACAAACUAUUUUUACAAUUAUAUAACUUGUUAUGAAAGUGUUGCUUUAUCAUUGGUUUUCUACUGAUAGAGUCGUAAUUGUGAAAAACCUAAUGACAUAAUUAUUUUUAUACAUUUGGUUUUAAAUUUCAUUUUGUUUGUUUUAAGCCUCGUGUUUUGUUGUGUUUUUUUUUUUUUUUGUUUAAGCACUUGUAACUUAUAUUGACCUAUUGACAUUAUGGAUGUGAUAGUACCAUAAGAUCUAGUGAUGUAUACAGCAUGUAUUUCAUCUCCCUAAUUUUCCUUAUAUGCUAUGUAAUAUAUCGUAAGAUAUGUUUACAGGAGCGGACUGGUUAGACGGCCUUUCGGGCAAAGGCCCAGUAGGCCGUAAUGCAACGGGUAGGUGGGCAGUGGGCAAUAGCAGUCAGUCCGUAAGUGAUUUUAUAAUAUUCCCACUUGAUUUUGAUAGUAGGCGCGGUGGCUGAGCGGAAAGCGCUUGGCUUCCGAAUCCUGGUGAAGACUGGGAUUUUUAAUUUCGUGAUUUUUGGGCGCCUCUGUGUCCACCCAGUUCUAAUGGGUACCUGACAUUAGUUGGGGAAAAGUAAAGGCGGUUGGUCGUUGUGCUGGCCACAUGACAACCUCGUAAACCUUAGGCCACAAAAAACAAAUGAACUUUACACCAUCUGCCCUAUAGACCACAAGGUCUGAAAGGGCAACUUUACUACAACUUUUGCUUGAUGUUGAUAGGAAUUGAUAUCGACGUUUUACAAGAAAUUGAUUUAGACAAAAUCAAAAAAAAAAAUCUGUCAGAGAGUAAUUUGUUGAUUUCUACGAAAGAACGAUGCCAUGUUUUGUCGCUCCCUUUUCAAGUAGUUAUGGAUUGUGUCAGGUUUUACUCUUUUCUGUGAUUAAUAUCAAAUAUAUUCAAAAUCAUUAAUAACAAAUAUAUUCAAAAUCAUUAAUAACAAAUAUAUUCAAAAUCAUUAAUAUCAAAUAAUUUCAAAAUCAUGUAAGAUAGUUUUAUUGACAAAAUAAUUAUGAUUGCGAUUGUACUGUACAUUUUUUAAUCUCUGACAUUUCACAUUGCCUUUAAUACUAUUCGCCUGCUGACAUACCAAAAGAAAACGCUACAUAAACCAACACAUGCAUACGUUUAGUUUUGGAUGCUCUAUCGAUAUACAUUUACAGGUAUGAAUGGAUCCAUUUCAUAUGGUACGAUAGUAAGUACUGUCAGGGCAGAUUGUGGGACUCCCUCCCCCCCCUCUGAUAUGUAAUCGUGACUUAAGUAACGUCAGGGCAGAUUGUGGGACCCCCUCUUCCUCUGAUAUGUAAUCGUGGCUUAAGUAAUGUCCGUGGUUCGUGUUUUUAUUGUCUUCCAAUUAGACCAUGUAAUAAGUGGCGUAGCUAGGGUGGGAGGACAAGGGUGUCCUAAUUUGAAAAUCCCCCCACCCCCGGUUCCCCAAAUGAGUGACUGAAAUUUGUUUCUACAUUAGAUAUUACACCAUUAUCUCAUGUCAUGAUGUCGAAUGUCAAAAUGUAGGGGCCCCUAAAGAGGUCAUCGCCCCCCGGGGUCUCAGUUCCUUAGAUACACCACUGCAUGUAAUGUCGAAAAGAAAUGUCUUCUAGAAUACCUGCCAUAUAAUUAUAGGAAGCUACUUUCAAGUGUCUACCUUUGUGUGUAAUUCAAUGAAUCAGAGGAUGCUUGCGUGUCUUGUACGGGUAAAAUUUAGAUGCGAUGUAUUACGAGUUCGUUUUACGCAAAACUAUUCACAAAAAAAAACACGUCAAAAGACUUAAGAUCACACAGCUUCAACUGUUCAAAUAUAUGUUAAAACAACAUAAGACCACAUUCUAGUCUCUGCCACUAAACGAUGUCGCCGUAAUAUCUAAAUGUCAACUGAUUAUUGAAAUGUACCAUUCUAGAAACACCCCCCCCCCACUCUUCAUGACGUCACUAAAUGUUGCGUUCAAGGUCCGUGGCUACCUUACAGUACUCCACUACGGUUAACUGCUCAUGACUUUAAAUAAUGAUGCCUAGUCAAUGCUAGCUUUAAGUACAUCUUCCACACCUGGUAGUUCGAUCCUGAGUAUUCCUUACACCUGUGCAAUAUACAUUUGGGCACUCAGAAUGUUAAAAUUAAUAUAAUAAGUCUACAAUGCUUAAAAUUCUAUUUUUUUAAUAGAAUAUAUAAUAUAUAUUAUAAGCUGCCUUAUUUUACCUGGCAGAUUUUAUUUAAACAUGUAAAUCUUAAAGUUUAUAAUAGAUCUACAAUUCUACGCAUAUUUGUAAUAAACUUAAUCUUAGUUACUGUAUUUCAACUUACAGAUCUUUAUUUUAAACGUCUAAAGAUGGAUUGUGAUGGUCUCUGUUAUAAUAGACAUUUGAAGUAGGCCUAAUAUUGACAUUUGAUAUUGUAAACCCUUGUGAAAGAUUAUUUUUAUUUGAUCAAAACUUAUUAAUUAAAAGUCAUUAAUAACUUC